AUGCCUGAUCAGAAAGUGAUAUUGGUUGCUUUAGGAGGGUGUUCUUCUAGUGGGAAGACUACAAUUGCAAAAUUAACAGCCACUUUGAUACCUGACUGUGUCUUGAUCCAUCAGGAUGAUUUCUAUAAACACGACGAAGCGAUUCCCAUGAAUGAUAAAUACGGUAUUCAGGAUUGGGACUGUGCUGGUGCAUUGGAUUUUGAUGCCUUUGAAAAAGAAUUAGACAGUAUCAAGAGAACGGGAUCGGUAUCCUUAAAAUUGAUUCAUAAUAACAAUGUGGAUGAUCCAAGCAAAUUUCAAAUUGAGGCUGACUUUCUUGGUUCUUUGAAAGAGAAGUACCGUAAGAUGGUUUCCAAGAACUACAAAAUUGUAAUUGUUGAUGGAUUCAUGCUAUUCAAUCAUGCAUCUGUCAGAUCAAAAUUUGAUCUAAAACUUUUGAUAAGAGCUUCCUACGAUGUCCUGAAGAGAAGGAGAGCCUCUAGAAAAGGCUAUCAAACUCUGGAUUCAUUCUGGACAGAUCCUCCAUACUAUUUUGAUGAAUUUGUCUACCAUGGUUAUAAAGAAGCGCAUCAGCAAUUUUUCAUCAACAACGAUGUGGAAGCCGCAUUAAACCCAGCUACUGCAGAUGGUAUUCUAGCGUUCAAUAAUGACGAUACAACCCCCAUACAGACUUCUUUAGAGUGGGUUUGCAAUGAACUUGUAUCGCGUGUAUCUGAUUUGUGA